UCGGAGUUAUCCAAUGGUCCAGUGAAGGAGAAAAUUUCCCGGAACUGACUUUCCUUUGAGAUGGAAAUCGUGUCCAUGGUUUGAAGAGGAAGACAGGCCUUUCCAACAAAAAAGGAUCAAUUCGAUUUCAAGUGCUCGGUCAUCACAGUGAAAGAAGAAAAUUUAUUGAAUUUCCCUGGAAAAUAACAAGCCCACCCCAACGAAAAAUGACUAUCGUCCAAAAUUAUUGAAACCACCCGCCUUUUUUUCCUGUGAAAGUUUUCAAGUGUGACCCACGAUGACAAUGGCUUCGGCGGGGUGAGGCCACGUGAAUCGUGUUAAUUUGUGCCCAAGUCAACCGUGAAGCGGCGAAAAGGUGGUGCAUUAAAAUUGUCCUCGUCGGCAGCCGGAUUUUCGGCCGUUGUGAGUGUGAGUGCAGUGCAGUGUGAGCAUCAACAAACACCGCAGUAUUUUUUGGGACCCCCCUCCUCCCCUCUGGGAGCAGCUGUCAGCACACUGUGAGCAUACACGCAGCAUACAAAGAGCAGCCACACCAUGAAGAAUCGAAUACAGCUGACCCUGGAUAUUUGGGUGUUUGUCGUCUAUGUUAUAGACCUCACCAGCUGCGGCAUCCAGCAGAACCCGUCGAUCGAUGGCCAUAAAUCAGUGCCGCUGGAGCACCUGAGGGCGUACGUGGCCGCGGCCUCAACGUCGUCGGCCGGCGGUGGCUCGGCGGCCCAGCAACUCCAGCACCAGCAUCACCAGUCGGACGGUCCCGGCAUGGUGCCCCAGUCCACAGGGGUCGGCAUCGGUUCCGUGAGCAAGUGGGAGGAACCGUACUUUGACGAAACGACGCCCCGGAACGUGACGGCCCUCGUCGGCAAGUCGGCGUACCUCAGCUGCCGGGUCAAGAACCUGGGCAAUAAAACGGUCUCCUGGAUACGGCACCGGGACAUUCACAUCCUGACGGUGGGCAGCUACACGUACACCUCGGACCAGCGCUUCCAGGCGACGCACCACAAAAACACCGACGACUGGACGCUGCAGAUCAAGUGGGCCCAGAAGCGGGACGCCGGAAUCUACGAGUGCCAGAUCUCGACCCAGCCCGUGCGCAGCUACUUUGUCACGCUGAGCGUUGUCGUACCCACGGCGACCAUCAUCGGCGGGCCGGAUCUGCACGUGGACAAGGGCAGCACCAUCAACCUGACCUGUGCCGUCAAGUACAGCCCGGAACCGCCGGCGUACAUCUUCUGGUACCACCACGACGAGGUCAUCAGCUACGAUUCGAGCCGCGGCGGCGUUUCCGUCAUCACGGAGAAGGGCGACGUCACGACGUCCCACCUGCUCAUCCAGAACGCCGACCUGGACGACUCCGGCAAGUACAGCUGCUCGCCGUCGAACGCGGACGUGGCCAGCGUGCGGGUGCACGUGCUCAACGUUCGGGCGGUUCUUUCAGGUGAACACCCGGAAGCGAUGCAAACCGGCACGGCCACCACGAUCCCACGGGCCACCACCCACGGCUGCCUGCUGGUGGCCACCCUCGGAGCGGUCCUCGUCAGCUGGGCGCUGCUCCUCCAAUGGAACUCCACCUCCGAUGACCGGACACGCCGACUUCCGGCGGGCCGAGAACGACGAAGACCGGUGAGUGAUGCUGGCCAGAAGGGCGACCUCGUUGAAAGCACCUGUCCCGGCGCGUGGAGUGGGAGAUGAUAGACCGGUUCGGAGCCAUCGCCCGAUACGUCGUUGACGCGGUCUUACCACCUAGCGAACAGCAGUAGAACCUGUCCAACCGGAAUGCCCUGAACAACAGCCGAGGUUGUUGUUUGUUGAGUCUGUACAGAGAAUGAAAAAAAAAAACGAGUGUCCCCAAAGGAAAAGUUGCAAAAAGUCAACAAGAUUCGGUCGGCAAAUCUCCAUAGGGCGCACGCGACCUUUAGGAAGUAAGGCACAAUUUGAGUAAUAAACAUAGUCAAAGCUACAAAAACACACAUAAAGAGAACAGAGCACACAUACAGUGUUAAGAAAUACUACAACUACGCGAUACUACUGAAACAAUAGUUGGUGUGAGAAAAAAGGAAGCAUGAGUGUGUGUUUUGUUUGUAAGAGAGAAAAUUGUAUAUUUUAAGCCUCCAGAAGUUCUGGAAUGCGUCCUGGAGCAUUAUAAGAAGAAGAAAAUAAGAUAAUUCCACAAAUAAGUAAGGGUAAGAAAGAGUUGAUGAGUGAUGUGAUGUGACAACGUUGAAUAAUCGGUACGUUACCGAUUCUGUACAAAGAAAGAAAAAUUGUGUAAAAAAUUUCUUUUGAUUGGUUUCUAAAUGUUUAAUUUAUACUUGAUUCCUUAACCUGAUGAAAGUGCGCUGGAAAAGCAAAAUAACUAUUUCAAAAUUAACUUUUUAGCUAUACAUUUUAAAAAAGAAUCUUGAAUUAAAGAAAAGCUGGGGUUUCGGGUACCCAAGUAUCUUACAAUAUCUAGCACACACAACUAUAUUUGAACUUUGUACCGAGACCAAUUUUCAGACAAGUAUAGAAAUCGUUUAAGAAUAGAACUAUUUGAAUAUUAAUUUCUGAGCACAAACCAAAAAACCCAAAAAACAUCUUUUACGAUACAGUUUACGAUGGUG